AUGAGGCGAAUUCUGGGAUUCAUCGGUGGCAAAGCUUCUGCCGGUGAUGUUCUGGAGGAGUUAUCCUCCGAACUUCUAGGUCCUGGAGUUUCCUCAGAAGUGUGGGAACGAUUGCUAAAUCUGAACAAUUUGGAGGAAGAGUUGGAAAACCAUCCCAGGAGAGAAUCACUGGUGGUUUGUUUAGCUCGGUGUCCGGACAAUUUUCAUGCGUUGAUCGUACGCUGCCUUGAGACGGUCGAGACUGAAUUGGCCAAGAAGGCUGACGACCUGGAUGAAGCGGCCGAGACGGUCCUUGCUAAUGCACUUUUUGUCAUGUCAUACUUACUAGCUGCGCUACCAGCUGCGGCUGCAGGGGUUGGCGCGGAUGCCGAGGCUCGGGAAACAGCCGGUGCUGCCUUCAUGGAGAAGUUGUGGACGGUCUCUGGAGCUGAGACCAAGCCCCUGGGAGAACGCAUCGCAGACUCUGCGCUGCGGGCGUUGUUCCAUGAUGGCUUCACCAUCGAAGAGCCAGAUGCGACCGAGGAUGACGAGGUCCAGGAGGUCGAUGGCGUGAUGCCGGCUUUGAUCUGGCAAGAAGGAGUGGGCCCAGAAGGCUCAAGCCAGCCAAAGAAUGGCGACAUGCAGGCAAACAGGGUCGUGGGCCUGCAACUUCUACUAGCCCUCCUUGCAGCCGGAGCUCCAUCUGCCAUCGUCACCCAGGAGAGCAGUGAUGAUGCAUCUGUUGAUGCACGGCUUUCCAGGCUUCUGAUUCCCGAUGCACGUCCACUCGCUUACCUCAGUGACCCCUCCAGGACAAUACCCUUUCGGGCAGAACUUUUUUACUCAUUGCUGUCUGUGGCUAUGGGCUACGACCCGCACGGAUUUGGACUUCCUUACGGGGGCUACUUUGCAGGGGCGAAGCAAGAAGCUUUUGCACACCUCUGCAUUCAGGCUCUUGGGCUGCUGUUGCAAGAUGUGCGCGACGCUGCCCUUGGCAAAGGUGACAUGAGCAUCUUGCUAAGUGUGGCCACCAAGCGACCACAGGAGCUUCUAAUUUCUCGGAAGUCGAUCCCGGAAGAAGAAGGUGCCCCUGUGCAGAACGUCUUUCGAGACAUGCUCGCGGCACGCAGUUCUCAGGCCGAGGUGGAGUUCAUGGUGGAAGGCAUCGUGACCUUGUUGGGCACUGUGAGCAAGGAGAAGGGCAGCUACCUGCCGAGCUCGAUGAGGUUGCCACCUUUCUUGCCUGAACUCCUCGUUCUCGUCUUUCACCUCACAGCCUGCCCAAAGUUCGUGGCAGGUGCGUGUGCGGAGGGUGAGGUCAUCAGCCUCAUCGAGGGUGUCCUGUUGGCAGCCAACCAGGCGCCCGAGCAUGUCGACGAAUCGGGCCUCAGCCUCAUCGAGGCCGCGAUUCUCCUCAACCUGACCUCGUACCGCGAAGUUUGCGUAGAGCUGGAUGAGGACUUCGAUGGCAGCUUGCCUGAGAGCAUCCCUGAUUUCGAGGGGACUGCUGCCGACUUUGUGGCCUUGGCAGCGCUUGCUCAGGCCAACGAGAACCUCGGUAAGUGCAAGGCGAGCAAAAUUCAUGACAACAUCGUGCAGAUGAGCUUGUUCACGUUGGCCAAUGUGUCAACAUUUGCGGACGGUCUCUGCAUGGAAGUCACCUCGCGCCUGUUUUCCUUGUUUGAGCGAUGUGUGAAAUCGCUCCAGCUGUCUCGAGAAAGGCUUGGCUUUGCCAGCCACUUGCCGAUACUGCUGGAAGCCUUCGAUAAUGCCCUCCAGUACAGGUAUGGUGGCAACACCAACCUAGCCUAUGGCUUGAUGACACGACAGGCCAUCUUCCGAGAUCUCGUGUCUUUAGUGCCGCAGGUCCAAUGUCACAUUGAUCUUGACAAGGAUGGCGAGAAGGAGAGACAACUCUGGCAGCAGCGGGUUGAGAUGCACCUGCAUCCAAUAUCCAUGCUCUUGGAUGCAACGGUGCCGAUGCUGGAAGCGGAGGUGGAGAAGCACGAAAUAUCAAACUCAGACGAAGCCAAGGAGCUUCUGCCUAGGUGCAUUCUGGGGCUCAUGCCACCACCGCAUGCUUUCCAGAUGAGGCAUUUGCAGCGCUGUGCCGCGACGCACUUGACCUGCGAGCACCUGCUUGCGGCUUGCCUCGGCGAUGGCCCGGUCUGCCCAUUGUGGGAAGUCGAGGAGGCCGAAGAGGCCGAGGAGAGCCAAAGGGGCCGCUCGUCGAGUCAAGCGAAGCCGGAACGGCCUGCUCCGGAAGCCCGCAAAGCAAGAGAGAGAAGCAACAGCAGAACGAGGUCGGCGAGCAGCAACCGCUCCAAAGGCUCAGGUGGCGCCAAAGCAGCUGCUUCAGAGCCAUCUGCACUCCCAGAGGGUGCUGUCACUGGGACCCAGGAUGCCGCAGGCAUACUGACGAAGUCCCCUGAACGGGAUCCUGGCGAUUCUAGACUUGCUGAUGGUGCCACUCCGAAUGGAAACGGCCAGGCAGGUGUGCCGACUAUGCCCACUGCACAUCAGGAAAGCGAUACUCCCAGUCCAAAGGCUGGCAUGGACACUUUGGCUUCACAGCUGCAGGAGGCAGUCGCGUCCGGAGUGGACGUUGCGCAGUUGCUAGCGCAACUGCAAGCGGCAAAGGCUGCCAGCGCUUGCGGACAGGUGCAUCAUCGUUCAAGCUGCGUUUGCAUCAACUUGGGGCACCCGGUCCACUUUUGCAAUUUGAGAGGCAUGAACAUUUGA